UGACUACCUCUUAACUACCAUUAACUUAUUGUUAAAAAGUGAUAAUUUUCAAACAAUAAAAUCAAAACCACAAUGUUAUCUUCAAACGAUAAUGGCGGUUUCAAACUCUCAUUCACAAAACGGUUUCUGCUCAAAAACCCUAAUCUUCCAUAGCCUCAGACCUUCAUCUUUUCUUCCUCCACAAGCUACACAUUUAUCAGUAACCGACUUCAUCUUCUCUCUCCUCAACACCACCACAACAACCGCCGGAUCGCUAAUCGACGCCACCACACGCCACCGUAUCCCGUACACCGACGUCAAGCUCUUCGUACGCAACCUCGCCGCUGCACUCCGUCAACCGCCGGUAUCUCUUACGAAAGGUAAUUGUGCUUUUAUUAUCUCUCAUAACUCAUCUUAUCUUCCGAUUCUGUUUCUCUCUCUGUUUUCCAUCGGUGUAACCGUUUCUCCGGCGAAUCCUGCUAGCUCGAUCUCCGAGAUUUCGCGCCAGAUCCGGAUUUGUAAACCGGUGGUUAUUUUCGCUACGGUUGAAUCGGUUCGGAAGGUAUCGGAAACCGGUUUUAAUAACCGGAUCGUUGUAAUCGAAUCGAGUGAGUUCGAAUCGAUGAUGCGAGUUGAUCGAUCGAACGGAUCUGAGUUCUCUGAUGUCAAAAUUGACGUUUCGGUUUCGCAGUCGGAUACGGCGGCGAUUUUGUACUCGUCAGGAACUACCGGAAACACUAAGGGAGUCAGAUUGACGCAUCGGAAUCUGAUAUCAUCGGUUGCCGGAGCAAUAACGAGUCGGAAAAGUACGUGUUGUGAUUCUCCGGCGGUGUAUCUAUGUACGGUGCCGUAUUUUCAUGUGUACGGAUUCACGUUUUGUGUGAGGAUGGUGGCGUGUGGUGAGAGUUUGGUUUCAGUAGCUAGGUUUGAUUUGAGGUUGAUUGUGAGGUCGAUUGAGGAGUUUAGGGUUUGUUAUAUGGCGGUGGCGCCGCCGGUGGUGGUGGCGUUGGUGGAUGGAAAUAAUGAGCGGUUGGUGAAUGGAGCUGAUUUGAGGUCUUUGGAUACGGUGUUUAGUGGCGGAGCUCCGCUAACGGUGGCCGUGAUCAGGAAGUUUAAACGACGGUUUCAGGACGUGUCAUUGGUGCAGACGUACGGAUUGACCGAAACCACAGGUGCAAUAUCAAGAGUUGCAAGCCCAUAUGAGAGCACGAUAGUAGGCACAGUCGGGCGGCUCAUAGCUCAUUGUGAAGCAAAGAUAAUUGAUCCCAACACCGGGGUUAGUUUGCCUCCAAUGAACCAUGGUGAACUAUGGGUUAGAGGUCCAUCCAUUAUGAAAGGAUAUGUUGAUGAUAAACAAGGUAUAAAUACAAUGGUGGAUUCGGAUGGAUGGUUGAGAACUGGGGAUCUUUGUUUCUUUAACAAUGAAGGAUUCUUAUUUGUUGUAGACCGGUUAAAAGAGUUGAUUAAAUAUAAAGGUUAUCAGGUACCUCCAGCUGAAUUGGAACAAAUUCUGCAUUCGCAUCCCGACAUUACUGAAGCAGCUGUGAUUCCGUAUCCAGAUGAGGCAGCAGGGCAGGUACCCAUGGGGUUUGUGGUUAAAAGAAAAGGAAGCACCAUAGAUGAAACCCAAGUGAAAGAUUAUGUGGCUAAACAGGUUGCACCAUACAAGAAACUAAGAAGAGUUUGUUUCAUAGAUUCAAUUCCAAAAAAUGCACCAGGAAAGGUAUUGAGGAAGGAGUUGAUGAAGAUGGCUGUCAAUUCUAAGCUUUAAUUGGUGUUUGGUUAAUGACUAUAAGUAUAUAGACUGGGUAUGGGUAUCAUUCUAGAUAGGAGCUCUGGAAAUGUUUGAGAGGUCUAAAAAUUGAAAUGUAACCUGUGUUGUUUAUUAAGCAUAUUUUCAUUCUAGCAUUAAACCAGUUUACAUGUAUUAAAAUAUGUAAUA